AUGGCUCUUCGCCUUGUUGUCCACGAACUUCAACUGUUUAUGACCAGGGAGCAGAAAAGAAAGAUUGAAGAGUUCGAAACUCUUCAAAAUCGAAUUGAGCCGGAAUUCGAAGCGACAAUUUAUAAACCAAUGGUUGGGAUUUUCACCGAUCAUGAACAUACCGAUAAGGAGAUUGGCGAGAAAAUUGUGAGUUUUUCAAAACAAAAUUUGUAGGUUUUCGAAGCAAAAACCAAAUAAAAUCUGAAGAUUGGGAAAUUCAAAAAUAGCCUUGUUUCUUAAUGAGCCUUGAAGCCAAGCCAGUCUUUUGAGGGUCAGAUUGCUUUUUGUGAAAACAAAUCCAAAAAUAAUUAUUUUGAAACAAAAAAAUCCAGGAAAAAAGUGUACAUAAUCAAUCAUAUUGUAUUUUAUGCAGGGAAAAUUGGGGAAUAACGCUGUUUUUAAUUAGGAGCGCUUCAAAAAUGUUUUAUUUCAGCGCUCAAUGGAUGAAAUGACAGCGAAGAACGAGUUGGAAUUGGUGAUUGAUGAGAUCAACGAGUUGCUCAAUCAUCUCGACACUCUUUUUCAUGUUAGUAAUACUUUUCUUUGACUUUUUCUAAACUGAAGUUUUUCAGCAACUCCGUCAAUUCAUUUCAACAAACAAUCUCGAUUUGCAACCAAUUCAUUAA